CAAGAGCGGGAAAGCAGCAGGACCCGACAAUAUACCAGCUGAAGCACUGAAGUCAGACAUCGAAGUAACUACAAACAUGCUUCACCUUCUAUUUAAAAAGAUUUGAGAGGAGGAACAAGUGCCGAUGGACUAGAAAGAAGGACACCUCAUCAAGAUUCCAAAGAAAGGAGAUCUGAGCAAAUGUGAAAACUAUAGAGGCAUCACACUACUGUCAGUACCAGGAAAAGUCUUUAACAGAGUUUUGCUGAACCGGACGAAAGAUGCAGUAGACGCCCAACUUCCAGAUCAACAAGCUGGAUUCCGUAAGGAUCGGUCGUGCACAGACCAAAUUGCGACACUACGGUUCAUCGUCGAACAAUCAAUUGAGUGGAACUCGUCACUAUACAUCAACUUCAUUGACUACGAAAAGGCAUUUAACAGUGUAGAUAGGAGGACGUUAUGGAAACUUCUUCGACACUACAGAGUUCCUGAGAAGAUUGUCAAUAUUAUCCGGAACUCAUAUGACGGACUACAGUGCAAGGUUGUGCAUGGAGGACAGCUGACAGAUGCAUUCCAAGUAAGGACCGGAGUCAGACAAGGCUGUUUACUCUCUCCCUUCCUCUUUCUUCUGGUGGUCGACUGGAUUAUGAAGACCUUGACAUCUGGGGGAAAACACGGAAUACAAUGGACAUCUCAGAAUCAAUUAGACGAUUCGGACUUCGUAGAUGACCUUGCCCUCCUAUCACUUACAUAUGAACAAAUGCAGAUCAAGACAGCCAGUUUAGCAGCAGUCUCUACAUCAGUAGGCCUCAAAAUACACAAGGGGAAAACCAAGGUCCUCAAAUUCAAAACGGAGAACAGCAAUCCAAUCACUCUUGAUGGCGAAACUCUGGAAGAUGUAGAAUCCUUCACAUACAUGGGAAGCAUCAUCGAUGAACAAGGAGGUUCAAAUGCAGACGUAAAGGCGAGGAUUGGCAAAGCAGGGGCCUCAUUCCUACAAUUGAAGAACGUGUGGAACUCAAAACAACUUUCAACCAAUACCAAUGUGAGGAUCUUCAAUACGAACGUCAAGGCAGUUCUACUGUACGGAGCUGAAAAUUGGAGAACCACAACAACCAUCAUCAAGAAGGUACAAGUAUUUAUAAAUAGCUGUCUACGCAAGAUACUCAACAUCCACUGGCCGGAUACUAUCAGCAACAGCCUUUUGUGGGAGAGAACAAACCAACUUCCAGCUGAAGAAGAAAUUAAGAAAAGACGAUGGAAAUGGAUAGGACAUACAUUGUGGGAAUCACCAAAGUGCAUCACGAGACAAGCUCUAACUUGGAAUCCUGAAGUGAAGUGUAAAAGAGGAAGGCCAAAGAACACAUUACCUAGGAAAAUAGAAUCAGAUAUGGAAAGGAUGAAUAACAACUGGAAGGAGCUGGAGAGGAUUGUCCAGGACAGGGUUGGAUGGAGAAUGCUGGUGGUCGGCCUAUGCUCCUUUAUGAGGAGUAACAGGCGUAAGUAAAUGAUUUAUAAUUCAAGUGAUAAUUAGAUUAUGAAGAGUUUCAUUGUAGAAAUGUUCUUUUCAAUGUAUUCUAUUGAAAGCUUUAUUGAAUUCUUCUUAUAUAUUAUGCGUAUUACCCCCUCAUGGGGGGGCAAUAGACCA